AUGGAAAUCGAGAAGCCAGUGACUCUUGAAGACAAAAUCGCAGCGGCUCGGGAGAGACGGGAACGGCUUCAAAAGGAGCGUGAAGCCGCCCGCCAAGAAACAGUCAACAGAGCAGAAACUGCAGCUAGAAGAAAGUCACAAAUUCAAGCGCAAACUGAGACUGAACGAAAACAACGAAGAGAUUCGUUAUCAUCCAGACACGAUGAAGCAAAAGAAAGAAGAGAAGUCAUUCUUCGUCAAAAGAAAGAAAAGGCACUUUCGGACUUGGAAAAAGGCGAAGCGAGAAGCAGAGAAGCGCAGAAAAAGAAACGAUGGAGCUGGAACGGCGCCGUUCACGGAACAUGGUGGUAUAACUUCCCCUCGGAGACCAUCGCAGAGGGUACUGAACCAGAUGAAAAUUGCGGUGGGGAUGAUGGCUCAAGAGCGAGGCCCACUGCUAUGCCUCGAUCCAUGCAGUCUUGGAUUGGAAGUCUCCGAGGCGGUUUCGAUCAGGACGACAAUGACUCCCUGAAUGGAUCAACGCUUGGAACACCGCGAGAUUGCAAGUCGCAGAACUCAUCCUUCUCCGUUCCCGACAGACUGCUCACUCCUACCGCGUCCUCCAGAGCCAAACGCUUCGGAAAGCCAGAUGGACAGACUUCCUCGCCUCCGAGCCUGAAUGGCGACUCCUCACUAAAGGAAGCGAAACUCCGUCGCAGGACGAUCUCCCAUGAACAUUUGAACAGACUUGCCCAGCCUCGUGUUCGUACUGUUUCAUCCGAGCGGCAUUCGCUCGAUCCCAAGCCCAAGCCCUCUGGUCGCACAACCCCUCAACCUCGCAGUCGCAACACAUCCAGAGACUCCUCCAAUGUGAUCUCCUCUUCCUCUCUUCGCCCAAAACCAGACGGAUCCGAGACCCCUUCAUUGUCGAAAACAUCUUCCAAAACGCCAGAUGCCAAGAAACCCGCCAGAGAAGUGAAGCCAAGGUCAGCUUCAGUUACGCCCAGACAUCCAAGAACAUCCGGAGUUGGCGCGUCUAGUUCUGCGAAGAAAGAUGAAUCUACGGCUAGACCAAGUCCUCGUCAGCAAAAAACGACCACCACACCGAAGCCAAAAUCAGCUACAGCGGCAGUCAAGCCAUCUCCUAAGCCUUCAAAAUCCGCAAAACCAAGUGCCAAGAACUCAAGCGACGGAAAAAAGACAGAGUCUCCUUCGCCUCCUCCCGUUGUCAAGAAAUCCCCGUCUCCCCCGCCAGCUCCGGAAGAAGCAAAGCCUGUGGCUCAAGCUGAAGUAGUGGAAAGCGCUCCCGUGGCUGUUGAACCGACAAAGGAGUCAGAUGCGGCUGCUCUUGAAAAUCAAGAGAAACCGGCCAGCCCGAUGUCAGUUAAUCCCCUGGAUGUUCCUUUGCCAGAUGAUGAUGAGGAGGAAGGAGAAGCAGCUGCUGCCUCCGAUGCUAGCCGAGGGGAAAAAUCAGCAUCGCCCGUGCAGGAUUUAGAGAAGGACAAUGAAGAGGAAAAAUCCGUCCCAGCUUCAGCAGCUGAAAUCAACAACGAGAACCCCUCAAUCCAGUCUCUCAAAGAAUCCUCCGCCGUUUCUCUCGUCUCCUCUUCUGCAACUUCUCUUCAUUCCGACAUCUCCACGGAAGCGACGGAAAGCGAGCAACUGCACAUUCAAGCAUCCUUGAAUGACGACGACAGACUCCAAAAAACCGUAUCUUUCGACGAUACUGUUGAAGUUUCCGAGAUCCCCGCCAAGGUCGGCCCAACCGAGGAGGAAAUUGCCGACGCGCAGGCCAAGGAGGAUAAAAAAUUGAAGAAAAAGAAGAAAAAGGAAAAGAAGGAGAAAAAAGAGAAAAAGAAGCGCGAGGAAAAGGCCAAGAACUCGAUGUUAGAAUCGUGGCUGAAUGACUCACACUCUGCUGACCUUGCUCCUCAAGCUUCUCCUGAGCCCCAAGAAAGGGAAGUCUCGCCUCCCGAUUUGAAAGCGCCCGAGAAAAGCGAAGAACAAAACAACGCUGCUCAGAAUUCCGUGAUUGAAGCAGCUUCAGAGCAAGAGGACGAGUACAAAAGACGGCUUAGAGAGAAAAAGGAAAAAUUCAGACAGGAACAGGCGGCCAAAGAGGCCAAACAAAAAGCUGAUGAAGAGAACCGAAAGCGCCUGGCAGAUGAAGCUGCAGCCGCGCGUCUGGCCAAAGAGCAGGAAGAAGCUAAGAAACUCGAGGAGGAAAAGGAGCAAUUAGCGAAUCGAAUUUCCGAAAAUGUGCGCCGCGCCGAUCAGGAACGCGAGGAAAAGCGCCAGGCCGAGGAAAAGGAGAGACUGGCCAGGAAGAAGAGGAUAGAGGAGAUCAUGAAGAGGACCAGGGGCAGCGAGAACUCUUUUCCAAGCAGCUCUCAAAUUAACGAGCGGAUCAGCCAGCGUCAAAAUGGAAGUGCUGCUUCCAACGGGGAGCAAACGCAUGAUGACGUAGGUGCUCGUGCCCGUUCCCUUCUCGGUUCCUUUCAAAACUUGAGGAUGGGGGGCAACCCGAGUUCUCCAGUAUCAUCAAUCAGUCCAAGCAUCAAUUCGCAGCCAGCUUCCUCCGUCCCUACACCGACCAAUCCUGAGCAGAUAAAUGCCGAAGGUAGCUAA